AUGUCAACUACCUUAGACAACCUCCGGAACAAUUUUCGAGGCAUGAUCAUCGAACCUCAUGACCAACUUUACUCGUUGUUUCGACGCCGGUGGUCAAUUAAUGAAGAAGGCAACCCGAAGGUGAUCUUUCAACCUCUCACCGAGGCCGACGUGUCUGCAGCUGUAAAAUACGCUGUUGAGCAGCAACUCGAAAUUGCUGUCAACGUUGGAGGUCACUCGUUUGUCGGAGCAUCCAGCUCGGACGGGGUUAUCAUAGACCUAAGACGCAUGAACACAGUUUACGUGAAGAACUCGGGAUACGGCAGCCCCGGAACAGUGACUAUGGAAGGAGGUGCCUUGGUCAGCGACGUUGCCAGGGCCUGUGAAGAAAGUGGCGUCUUUGUGUCCCUCCCGUCUCACAAAGAGAUCGGGUAUGCCGGCUUUGCGCUCGGCACGGGUGCUGGAUGGGGCAUGGGAGUUUGGGGCUUGGCUGUUGACAACCUGAUCUCGGCUAGGCUCGUCCUCGCCAGUGGAGAGGUCGUCGAAGUGUCCGAAAUCUCUCACCCCGAGCUGUUCUGGGGACUCAAAGGAGCGGGGUAUAAUUUCGGUGUUAUCGAAGCUGUCUUUCAAGCACUCGAUAAGUACGACACUACACAAAAGGAUGAGGACAUGGUUUUCAUGGUAUUGCUACCCCACAAUCCGAAUGGACCUCCUGAGACUAUACUCUUGAUGCCAUACUAUCACGGGGACGAUAUCGCCGAGGCUCGGAAGCGGUUCGAUGUCUUCUUUAGUAUUCCCUAUCUCAAGGAUGAAACUAGGCUGAUGUGGUUCCACGAGACUGCGGACCUAUAUCCCGAUGCGCUCUGGCCUUAUACGCGUCGCUUGUCAAACGGUUCACUGGUGACUCGAGUCGGGCCAGACGUCUUUCUUCCUGUCGUGGACCGUCUACGCCAAUGGUACUCCGCCAAAUCUGAAAGAAGACCAGGAAGUUCACUCUUUGUGGGUAUGUACAGUUGGCGCAAAGUCUUGAAGCCCGCUAGCGACAAGACUUCGGCCUGGCCGCCGUCACGAGAGCGACCAGGAGACGGUAAUAGGCUCUGGAAAGACGUUGCUAUCUACCUUGGAUAUGGCGACGAAGAAGAAACUCCUACUGCCGUGACUGCUUCGAAACAGAUGGUCAAGCUCCUGCGUGAAAAGCAUCAUCAGGCAGUUGGCAAAGAUGUCAUCAAAGGUCUCGUCUACCCGAAUGCGGGGGUGCUGCCCGAGUUCACAGGCGAAUACAUGUACAAGGACAAUUUCCCUCGCUUGCAGGAACUCAAGACAAGGUAUGAUCCUGCUAAUGUUUUCCAUAAAAAGCAUCCGAUCAAUGUAUAG